UCUAACGCCCCGAGUAGAGACGCAGGCGCCGUCCCCUUGCUCCAGCCUUAAGAUGUUUCUGGGGGCCUUGUCCUUCGCCUACUUCUCCAAGUCUCUGUCGGGGAGCUACAUGAAGAGCACAAUAACCAGUUGGAGGAGACGCUUCGACAUACCCAGCUACCUGAUCGGCGUCAUCGACGGGAGCUUUGAGGUCGGGAACCUGUUGGUGAUUGCGUUUGUCAGCUACUUUGGAGCCAAGCUCCACCGGCCAAAGAUCAUCGCCAUUGGCUGUCUGCUGAUGUCUAUUGGCACCUUCAUCAUUGCCCUGCCUCACUUCAUCAUCGGCCGCUAUGAGUUUGAAACGUCGGUGCGCUGGGAGAUCAACUCCACCGACAGCCCGGCUCCCUGCCCAAAAAAUUCAGCCGCCAUCGCGCCAAGCAGCAUCCUGCCCGGCGUGCCCAACACAAAAUGUGAAGGAGAAUCCAACAUGUCCAUGUGGAUCUACGUGCUGCUGGGAAACGUCCUGCGAGGGAUAGGAGAGACUCCUGUCCAGCCUCUAGGGAUCUCUUACAUAGACGACUUUGCCAGCCAGGAAAACGCUGCUCUGUAUGUCGGCUGUGUGCAAACCAUCUCGGUCGUGGGCCCCGUGUUUGGUUACCUGUUGGGGUCCAUUUGCGCCAAAAUCUACGUGGACAUUGGAUUUGUAAACAUGGAGACCAUCUCCAUCGGGCCCUCAGACUCCCGCUGGGUGGGGGCCUGGUGGCUGGGCUACCUCAUAGCCGGGGCUCUGACCCUGCUGUCGGCCGUCCCCUUCUGGUUCCUGCCCCGCUCCCUGCCCAUCGGGCAGAAGGGCGCAGGGCGCUGCACCCCGGAGCAGACCAGCUUCAUCAAAGACUCCCCUCUGCUGGAGAACAAGUACCCCGCAGACGAGCCAACGGGGUUCCUGGAGAUGGCCAGAGAUUUCAUCCCGACCCUGCGGAUCUUGCUGGGAAACCCCAUUUACCUGAUCUACCUGUGUGUUACCAUCAUCCAGCUCAACUCCCUCAUCGGCAUGGUGACCUACAAGCCCAAGUACAUCGAGCAGCACUUCGGGCAGUCAGCCUCCAAGGCCAACUUCCUCAUGGGCGUGGUCAACAUCCCGGCGGUGGCACUGGGCAUGUUCUCCGGGGGGCUGUGCAUGAAGAAGCUGAAGCUGAGCCUGAUGGGCGCGGCCAAGUUUGCCUUCAGCACCUCUCUGAUUGGCUACUUCCUCUCUUUGUUCUUCUUCGCCAUGAGCUGCGAGAACGCCAAGGUGGCCGGGGUGACUGUGCCUUACGACGGGAUGGACGUGCUGCUCUUCGAUAAGCCCUCGGCGUUCACAGCGUGCAACUCGGACUGCGUGUGUUCAGCCAACGACUGGGACCCGGUGUGUGGGGAGGACGGCAUCACGUACGUGUCCCCCUGUCUGGCCGGCUGCACCCGCUCCGAUGGCUCUGGGAGCAACACUGUCUUCGCUCAGUGUAGCUGCGUUGGUACUGCUGGUAACCUAACAGCCAGGACGGGCCAGUGCCUCGACAGAGAGGACUGUGACCGGAUGUUCCCGUACUUCCUGGCUCUGUCCGUCAUCACCUCCUUCAUCAUAUCUCUGGGUGGGACCCCCGGUUACAUGCUGCUCAUAAGGUGCAUUGAACCACAGCUCAAGUCUUUAGCCUUGGGUUUCCAUGCCCUAGCCACAAGAACCCUAGCCGGCAUCCCAGCCCCCAUCUACUUCGGGGCCAUCAUUGACACGACGUGUCUGAAGUGGGGUCAGAAGAGGUGUGGUGGAAUUGGGGCCUGCAGGAUCUACAACACUGCUGCCUACAGGACGGCCUACCUGGGCCUGACGCUGAGCCUGCGCUCCGCCUCCUUCCUGGUGUGCAUCCCGGGGUUCCUCCUGCUCCGGCAGCAGGUGAGGAGGGAGCAGAGGAACGCCGUCCGGGGGGCGCUGGCCAACGGUGGGGCGGAGAUGGAGGCGCUGGGGAAGGACGAGACGGCAGACCGUGAGGCGGCGGUGGUCCCUGAGGCGGCGGUGGUCCCUGAGACGAAGUCGGUCCGUGAGCCGGUGGUCCGUGACACGGAGGGGUCGCAGCCAACGGCCGAGCACCACAGCAGGGACCGGGAGACGCGUCUGUGA